AUGUCCCACCACCACGACGACCACCACCCCGCCUCCCUCCCCGGCGACCCCCUCAGCACCAAAAGCCGGGUGCUGGAGACCGGCGCCAGCAUGGUGCAGGACUUCGCGCCGGUCAAGAACAUCUGCGCGCACCUGAACGCCUUCCACGUGUACGCCUCGGACAAGACGCGCUGCGUAGAGGCGAACCACUACUGUUCACAUAUCACAGAGGAUAUAAGACAAUGCCUCCUCUACGACAGCCCGUCCCCCACCGCCCGCCUACUGGGGGUCGAGUACAUGAUCACGCCCAAACUCUACAACACCCUGCCCGCGGAGGAACGGCGACUCUGGCACACGCACGAGUUCGAGGUCAAAUCGGGGAUGCUGGUCAUGCCGGCGCCGGCGGGGGUGCCCCAGGCGCUCUGGGAGACGGCCGAGACGGCCGAGAUGCAGGACAUCGUCCCGCUGUACGGCAAGACGUAUCAUUUCUGGCAGGUGGAUCGCGGGGAUGCCGUGCCGAUGGGGGCGCCGGAGCUGAUGGCGAGUUUUACGUCGGAGGAGCGCGUGAAAGUGGCGAGGGAGGGGGGCAUGGAGGAGUUGUGUCGGGGGAGGGAUGAGAGGUUUGGGGUCGAUUGGAGGCGGAAGAGGGAGGUGAGGGAGGGGUUGCGCGGGGUGGAGGGGGGGUUGCAUCCUGAUGCGGAUGCGAUGUGGGAGGAGUGA